AAGCGCCAUGCCGGCUGCCGGGGCAUGCAUGGCGCACAAGAUGAUGCCAUGGAUAAAAGCAAAAGAUGGAAAAAGAAGCGGAGAAGAGAAGAUCGCCCGCCAUCUGACCAACUCCAGACCUCAGACAGACAGACAGAGCUGAACGAUCCAGCCAAGCGCAUGGAACCGUCUCUGUGCACGCCGCACGCCACGGUGACCGCAGCAAAUGCCGCCCCGCUAUCCGUGCGCGCCCACCGCGGCGCGCGCAGGGCUCGUGCCGCCGUGCGCGCCCACAGCCACCACCAGGGGGCGGGGGCGCGGGAGCCGGAGCCGGAGCCGGCCGACCCCCAGGGCGCGGUCCCUGCCAAGGGACGAGGCCCGCCGGCGCUGCCCAACGCCGCGCUGCGGGUGGGCGCCGGCGUGGCGCUGGCGCUCGCGCUGGGAGGCGUGUCGUGGACGGCGCGCGGCGGGAGCGCCGGCGCCGGGCCCGGGCCCGUCACGCAGCCGGCCAUGGUGUGCGCCCUCAACGCCGUGACCGACGCCGCGGUCCGCGCCUCCGCGGAGCAGCGCGGCUCGGCGACCAUGAAGACGAGCGUGGACGCGCUCUCGGACUCGCUGUUCCGGCGGGAGGACUCGCCCAGGGACCGCGCCACGCUCAUGGACCUCGUCUUCGAGCAGGUCACCAAAGAGCAUAUCACCGACCGGGGGAAGCUGACGAGCCUGCUGCAGAAGGAGUUCUCGGCCUCCCGCGACUCGGAAAGGAAGCUUGACCUCGGACUGCUGCUCACCGACGUUCUGAUCAACCAGAGAGACUGGCAGAGGGCGAAGGAAGUUUGCCAGCAGAUCACAGGCCGCUACCAGCGUGACUCGAGGCCGUACCUUCACUUGGCUGUGAUCAACAUGAUGAUAGCGGUGGAAGCCAUGCUGUCCCCUGACACCGCCACCACCGACGACAUCGAGAAGAUGACCAAGACCGCCGUGGACGCCUGGAAGGAGUUCAAGAACAAGAGCGAGCUAGCCAAGGGGUCGGCAGAUUCCACCGCCUGAUAUAGCUCAUGUAAAUACACCGUGUGUGCUUGCAGUUUGGCUGACGCUGAAGGUUUCUGUCGAGUGCUGAUUGAUCCAGGGAUGACUGAUGAAUUUGUGUGUCCUAUGACUGCCAAGUCGUUUCAAUUAUUCCAAUGUGUGUCACUUAAUUUUCUAAUUAUUAUUUUUACACUUGUUCACUUCAUCAUUUACAAGAAAAAAGGUUCUAGUUUGUCAAUUA